CAUUUCCGGAGUAAAAAUUACUGUUUUAUUAUAACACAAUUUUAUCAGCAAAGGUUAUUUUCAAAAAUGCAGUGGUGCACUGUGGACUACAUACGAAGCAUGUAGACUGUCAUAUAAUUCUAGAACUAAUAUGUCAGUUGGAACAUUUAGCUGAGUUAUUUAGAUAACCUAGGCCAACAGAAUUCAUAGUCAAAUUAAUGAAAAACCUGAACCUACACAUCUUGAUGAGAAAGGGCAUUCGUUUUUGCAAGAACCCGUAGCUAGCAGACGGAAUAAUCAAAACAGUAAUGGCCGCAUCCAGUCGCCGUCAGCUGGGGAGCUCAGGGAUGGGCAACGGAGGAUGGGCUGGUAUUGCUGUUUGUUAUUGUUGUUUGAUAACAGUUGCACCACCCUUCCAGCAGAAACAACUCGUACCGAUUGAACAGUAGGGGUGGCUGACUUCGCGCAGUAGUUGAGUAGCGGAUAGACCGAAGCUAUCGGAGAGCGGCUAUCAGUGGAACGUGUUAAAUUUUAGUGCGUACCAUCGCGUAACACACAGUAAUGGCCUCUCCAAUGGCGACCACACCAGAACCGCCAUACGGCAUUCAGGAGGUCCCGUUUCCGGAGGAGGUGGAAUCGGUCAUGAAUGAUGUACGCUUUGGUGUUGAGGAAAUUUCACUGUCGAAAAAGUUCGCGGUAACGCCAAUCAGCGCGCAUCUGAACAUUAUCACAAAGGAAGAUCGCACACUAUUCGUGCUCAUGUCACCCCAGGGAUUCCGUAUUAUAGGUGAUGCUCGCGACACAUCAAAUAUUGAAAAUGGUGCUGUUUACGAAACAAUUCAGGCACUGCUUGAUCAUGAAAGUCCGGAGUAUCGAAGACGCUUUUCCGAAGCUCUGGCGGAAAGGCUCAAAGCUAUAGCCGAUGAAGAACACUCGUAGAUAACUAAAGCAUAGCCAUAUGCUUGUGGCCGUAAAAAAAACAGAAACGUGAAAAACAUUAGGACUUCGAAGAUCUCUAACCUUACCAAAUAACGUUUUUGGUAAAAUGCUCUUUAUGCGUGAUAUAUAUAUAUAUAUAUAUAUAUAUAUAUAUAUAUAUGAUGCGUACGCUAUGCAGACUACGUUAUGUGAAAUGAAAAGUGCCAUGUUUGCGUAUGUGAUGCCUAUCAAAUAAAUAGAUUUCGAGAAGAAUUUCUCUCGUAAGGAGGACCACAAUAGUAACACAGCAACACGCUAAAGGGGUAUACGUGCACAUCAUAACGGGUACUUUCGCAUUUGCCAACGUACUAUAAUGAACCCCGUACUGAGUGCCGUACAUGGGGGAACCAUUGAUGCUAGGAGAAUUCUAAUGAUGUUGUACAUUACCAUUUCUAUUGUCAGCAAAUGCCACAAAAAGCUUACCAAAUAACACGUGAAUCAAAGCUAGUCAUUGUUUGAAGAAGUUCGCGAGAGGACAGUGAACGCAAUGAUAACUGGCAAUAGGGUGACGUUGUAUCACUAAAGUUCUCCCACUAUUGGCAGUUCCGUGCGUGCUACUCUAGUAAGAUUUAUUAAAAUCAUUAUUUAUCAAAUGCUUGAUUAUCGUAAGGGUAUUUCAGGUUUACGAUGUUGAAUUAUAUAUACAUAUAUAUUACAAAAAUGCUAUAAGAGUCUAGUCAUCGUAUAGUAAAGUUUAGGACACUGAGAAGAUGCUUUGGCAAGAAUAAGAGCCCACAGCACUACAGUAACAAACAAAGAGUAGUAGUAAAUACAAAUAAGUUAUAUAGUAACCGUUUGCAGGUUUGCACCAGGUUGUUUACAAUAGCAGAUAUCAUGAACGAAUCAGAGAAACAGUUGCCGUAACGAGUACUACGACAUAUUUUGUGGUACUGCUCCGAUCAUUAAAAUAUAAGAUAGAACCAGACGUGUGGAGCCCAAAUCUAAAUAAAGCUGAAGGUCAUAAAGUGAUAAAACCCAAAACGAUAGGCACUCAAAUUUAAUCACGGAAUCAAAAUAUAAGGAAAGCGAACGGAUAUAAAACAACGCAGCAAAACAAGGCAAGAAAUACGCAACAAAGUUUACUGGAAUCCAUAUACAUCUCGCCUCCUUUUCUGAUGUAACCAAUUUUUUACUAGAAAACCAAGAUCAACUUGCUGAAUGGGUAAGUAACAUCGGAAAUGAAAUAAACCUGAAGGAAUAAAAACUAACCUUUAAUGAGAACCUGUGCAUAAUUUAACUUUAUUUCAAACAAUAGUAACUUUGAAAGCAACGACAUUAUAUAAGCAUCGUCAUCGUAUUUGUAGAUCUGUGUGUCAUUACAUAUAUUCUGUUUAUAUAAUGAUAGAAUCUCAUGGUUGAUGGUAUAUCGCGAUAAUAAAUGUUCAGGCUGAAAGCAUGCAAUAGCCAUCUGGUUUAAAUAAAAGUAAAUGCAUAGUGGAACACUUCUGCGUUCGAUCAGAUAAUAAUAGAGCCACUUCAGUAGGGAAUAAUAAGUUGUGAUAAAAUUCAUGAGUGCACUGCACGCGAUUCCUGGAAGAGCACAUAAAUAAGGUAAGAGGGUAAUGUUGUCAGGCAUUCUGGACCUGUGCAGGGAUUUUUGCAAAAAUUGUCGCAUGUAAGUCGCCACCGAUAUGCGGCGCCAUUUAUAAAUGAAAUCUGUUAAUUAAUGUCGUUUCAUUAAAAGAAAAUCAACAUGUCCUUAGAUGUGGUACAGUCGCAUCGACGUUAGCAAAAAUUAUGACGCGUCGUUGAGAUUCUGCGGAGCAUGGUAUACUUAUUCAAUAAAGAACUAUGCUAUUUGAUUAGAUUUAAAUGUAAAAUAUAUAGUGAUUCGGACUAGUUUGUAUAUCGGAACACUCAUAAAAUUAACGCCUAUAAUAGCAGUAUUGACAUAGUCUAAUGUCAGCUUCCUAUUCCUUAGUCGCUAAAAUUCUAUUUAUUAGAAACAGCGAAGUUGUUAUA